UUUUUAAAAAAAAAGGUAUGAAAACCAAUGUAAUGGAGGCUCAGGCAAGUUCUUCGUCGUCUUCUAGCUUUCAUCACCAGUGUCUAGGGUCUCCCCUCUUCUUCUCCUUCUUCGCCGUCUUCAUCUUCAUCUCCUCCUCUUUCUUAUUGCAUCAGGUGGCGGCACAGCGGUGACAGGGGAUCUAUCGAUCGUACAUGGCCCAAAGAGGGGAUCAUGAAUAUGAUUACUUGUUCAAGAUCGUGCUCGUCGGCGACUCGGGCGUCGGGAAAUCCAACAUCCUUUCCAGGUUCACCAGGAACGAGUUCAGCCUGGAAUCCAAGUCCACCAUCGGUGUUGAGUUCGCCACCAGGACGCUUCAGAUAGAAGGGAAGACUGUAAAGGCACAGAUAUGGGAUACAGCAGGCCAAGAAAGGUAUCGUGCCAUCACAAGUGCUUAUUACAGGGGUGCUGUGGGUGCUCUCCUGGUAUAUGACAUAACAAAGAGGCAAACAUUUGACAAUGUCCAGAGGUGGCUCCAUGAACUUAGAGAGCAUGCAGACUCCAAUAUUGUCAUCAUGAUGGCUGGUAAUAAGUCUGAUCUGAGCCAUUUAAGAUCUGUUCAAGAGGAUGAUGGCCAGGCAUUGGCUGAGAAAGAGGGUCUCUCCUUCCUUGAGACCUCUGCAUUGGGAGCCCAGAAUAUUGAGAAGGCCUUCCAGACUAUUCUUACAGAGAUUUACCACAUCAUAAGCAAGAAGGCUCUUGCUGCUCAACAGGCAGCAGCUGCAGCUACUCCGACUCAAGGGACCACAAUCAAUGUAACUGAUUCUACUGGAGGCUUUACAAAGAGAAAUUGCUGUUCUACUUAGUACUUUUUAAUGAGCCUCAUUUGGCCCAAGAUCAGGAGCUUCAACAUGGUCCCCUUUGCAUAUCAUUCUUUGACCUCUCUCUGACGUGUGAUUUUUUUGGUGGUGGAAUUUAGCAUCGUUGCAAGGAACAUGCUCUAUUUAAUUUAAUGAUAGCAACCUGUGUUAUUUUGUGUAUCUUCUCUUUCUCACUUUGUUUUCUUGGUUUUGAGUCUCUUAGCAAGCAAGCGAGAUGAAGAAAUUACAUGCCUGUGAGACUUUGGUGCUCUUUUCUUUUUGUAACAUUAGUUGAUUCUGAAAUAGUAAUAAAGUUCAUAUGUAAUAUGCUCA